CCCUCCGCCAGCCGCCACCCCCACCCCUUCCAUUGUGUUGUGCGUUUAGCUCCGCAUUCCGCGUAAGACCCUAACCUCAUUUGUAGCAGGAGGGAUUACUGAGAAUUUCGGAACCUCGAGUUUCAAUGGAGCUGUACGGAAAGAUGGCCUCUGCCCAAGAUGCCAGGUAUGGCCAGAAAGACUCCUCUGAUCAGAAUUUUGACUACAUGUUCAAAUUGCUCAUCAUUGGCAAUAGCAGUGUGGGGAAAACAUCUUUUCUGUUCCGUUAUGCGGAUGACUCCUUUACAUCUGCAUUCGUCAGCACAGUCGGGAUCGAUUUCAAAGUAAAAACCGUAUUCAAAAAUGAAAAGAGAAUCAAGCUUCAGAUUUGGGACACAGCAGGCCAGGAAAGAUACAGGACUAUCACCACCGCCUAUUACCGUGGGGCCAUGGGCUUUAUUUUAAUGUAUGACAUCACAAAUGAGGAAUCCUUCAAUGCGGUACAGGACUGGUCAACUCAAAUCAAAACGUACUCUUGGGAUAAUGCCCAGGUUAUCCUGGUUGGAAACAAAUGUGACAUGGAAGAUGAGCGGGUCAUCUCAACCGAGAGAGGCCAACGUUUAGGAGAGCAGCUUGGUUUUGAGUUUUUUGAAACAAGCGCCAAGGAUAACAUUAAUGUCAAGCAGACAUUUGAGCGCCUUGUGGAUAUCAUCUGUGACAAAAUGUCAGAGAGUUUGGAGACUGAUCCGGCCAUCACUGCCGCGAAGCAGAACACGAGACUCAAGGAAACCCCUCCUCCACCGCAGCCCAACUGUGGCUGUUAAUGUCCCCACACACACAGGCAGCUCCGGGGGUUGGUUGCUAACUGCAUUUAUAAAUGGUCGAUUAGCCUUCAUUUAUACUGCCUAAUAAUUAUUUGAGGGAAAUCUUUGAUGUCAAUGGCUCAUACAUGCAUUCAAUUCUUGGAAGAUUUCCCAUGUUAAUAUGUGGCAAAUAUGUGAUCUUAAAUUUGUAAGGCCUAUCCAUCUAUAAACAUCUGGUAUUUGCAUGUGAUUUGUUGUUUGUCUUCUAGGCUCUUUUUGUUUCAGAUUUCUUCUCAGAUUAAGCUACUGCUGGGACCUCAGACUAUAAUUUCACUACAACUGACUUUUGUGCCACGGGUUCAAAUUACGCUAUUCACUUGUAGGGAUAAUA